GGUAGCGAUUAUAUACUCAUGAUACCUAUACUCUUUGGUAGCGAAUUAGCGAUCUGUCAUUUUAUACACUUGCACUAAUCUGUGACUCUUAUAUAGAUACUCUUUGACUUUAGUUUUCACGUGUAUUUUUGUAGUUUUGUAAUGUGUAUUGUUUUUAUAUAUAUAUAAUAGUUACAUGUGAAUUUUUUUUAAGUAAAAUAAUUGAGUGUCACAAUUAUGUCUUUAUCGACGGCAUCAACAAAACCACCAGGGAAAAGUUGGCGUGAAAUUAAUCAAGAGCGGAAAGCUUUCAAACGACAGAGAAAUGAGGAAAAAAUUGUGAAAAGAGCGAAGAGGUUAGCAACUGAGAAGAACGCAGAGAUAAAACAAAAAGAAGAAAUUGAAAAAGAAAAAAAAUAUGCUGAAAUAUCAACUGUUAGCAUAGCUGUUCCGGGAUCCAUAUUAGAAAAUGCUCAAUCGGCUGAAUUGCGUACAUAUUUAGCUGGACAAAUUGCCCGAGCUGCGUGCGUUUUUUGUGUGGACGAAAUCAUAGUUUAUGAUGAUAUUGGGGAGAAGUUGAACACUAAAAAGUCAAAACUCGAAGAUAUUGAUGGUGUUAAAGUGGCCCGCAAAAGUUGUGUACAAUUGGCGAGAAUAUUGCAAUAUUUAGAAUGUCCCCAAUACUUAAGAAAGCACUUCUUUCCAAUUCAUAAAGAUUUAGAGUUUGCAGGGUUAUUGAAUCCAUUAGAUGCGCCUCAUCAUUUACGCAUGACAAAUGAUUUUAAAUUCAGAGAAGGAAUAACAAUGAACAAGAAAGUGAAACCAGGUAAAGGUUCACAAGUCAAUGUGGGAUUAUUACAAGAUGUCUCUACGGAUAAACUAUUAAAUCCGGGUAUCAGAGUAACAGUUAGAAUGCUGCCGCCUUCAGAAGGGAGUAAGAAGUUGAAGGGAAAAAUUGUUAGUCUUGCAACACCGAGGGCUGAGACUGGUGUAUACUGGGGAUACACCGUGAGAAUUGCAAGUAGCCUUAGUCAAGUUUUUACCCAGUGCCCUUAUAAAGAUGGAUAUGAUUUAACAAUAGGUACAUCUGACAAAGGAACUCCUAUUGAUAAUUUGCCUUCAAACGAAAUCACAUACAAUCAUGCCUUAAUUGUAUUUGGUGGUUUGCAUGGUAUUGAAGCAGCCCUUGAGAGUGAUGAGCAAUUACAAGUGGAAGAGGCCAGCUUGCUGUUUAAUCAUUACAUCAACGUUUUACCUAAUCAGGGUUCAAGAACAAUAAGAACUGAGGAAGCUAUUCUCAUAGCUAUGUCGAGUCUGAGAACAAAAUUGAAGGCUAAUAAUGAGCCUAUGGUACUUAAAGAAAGCGGCCUAGCAGUUAGCUCUACGUUCCCAAAUCAGUCUGGCAACAAUGGUGUAAAUAAUAAAAUAGAUUUAAGUAGAUUUGACUAAUAAAACAUAUAAAUCCA